GCCGCGGGGAAGCCUCGGUGGCCCCGCCAUAGAAGGUGUGAGGGCUGGAGAGACACCCCCUCCCCCCCCCGUGUCCUCCCCCCCAUCCCACCCCGAUCUUCAGGGCACUGUAUUGUUAUAGAUUAACAAAUUGGAUUAUGGGUUCUGACUUCCAAAUGCACAAUGCUCACAGAAGAUAAUCUAGUUUAGAUAAUGAAAGGGUUGAGGUCCCUUCCCCUGAUCAGGACCGUCUGGGGGGUGCCUUCUUGCUUAAGAGGCAGGAGCGCUUAGGAGCAGUGUUUUUAGGGAACGUGAACGGUGUGUGAGGGACUUUCUUAAAGAUGUACUUACAUAAAGCAAGGUUCGCCGGUAGCCAGAGAAGCACAAUUAAAAAAUGAAGAUCCUCCGUAUCCCAUCAUUUGUGUAUUCCCUGAGAGAAACAACACCGAAUUUACUAUAUUUAAAAAGAAGCAAAGCGGAGGCCACAGUUUGGCUCAGCCUGAUGGCCGGGAGGUUGCACCAUCUCAGAGGCCAGGCCAUGGAAGCCGUGUUCCUGCCAGUCCUGUGGAAGGGGUUGCUGUCCUUUGAGGACGUGGCUCUGUACUUCACCAGGGAAGAGUGGGACACACUGGACUGGGCUCAGAAGGACCUCUACAGAGACGUGAUGCUGGACAACUACAGAAACGUGCUCUCCUUGGGAGUUCAGUUUCCCAAACCUGAGGUGAUCUGUCAGCUGGAGCAGUGGGAAGAGCCGUGGAUCCUGGAUCUACCAAGAGCUGGGACUAGGAAGGCUUCCGGUAGUGCUUGCCCAGGUGGUGGGUAUGGUCAUCAGCCCCAUUCCCAGGUGAAGAAACUAAGGGACUGCGAUGUCUGUCACACGGCUAGUCCUGAAGCCAGAUUCAAGAUGAAAGAGCUAACUCCAAAGCAGAACAUUUCUGAAGAUUUAGAGUCAUGUAAGAUGUCACUGGUAAAGCAGAAAAUGGCCAGGAAACCCUUAGAAAAGUUACUUGAAUGUAACGAAUUUGUGGACAUUUACCGACUUUCACGCCCUACUAUUGGUGAUGAAUGCUGUAAGGACUUCCUUCAAAACCUUAACCUUAUUCAAGAUCGGAAAGCUCAGGCAAGGACAAAGCAGGGCAAAUAUGAUGAGUAUGGAAAACCCUUCCAUCAGAGAUCACUGCUUUUGAGGCAUAAGCGAAUUCUUACAAAUGCGAAAUCUUAUGAAUGCAGCGAAUGUGGAAGAGCCUUCCAGCGUCAGGCAAAUUUUGUUCGACAUCAAAGAAUUCACAGUUCAGAGGAUCCCUUUGAGUGCGACAUAUGUGGGCAGGCCUUCAAACAGAAGUCUGCUCUGAUUGUCCACAAACAGUGUCACUCACAAAAAAAGCCAUAUGAAUGUCAUGACUGUGGAAAGUGUUUCCGUCAGAUGGCGUAUCUUGUUGAACAUAGGAGGAUCCAUACCAAAGAAAAACCCUAUAAAUGUAGCGAAUGUGAAAGAACAUUUAGUCAGAAUUCAACCCUUAUUCGACAUCAGUUAAUCCACAGUGGAGAGAAACCCCAUAAAUGCAUUGAAUGUGGAAAAGCCUUUGGCCGGCAUUCAACCCUUAUGAGCCAUCGACAAAUUCACAAUAAACGGAACACUCAUAAAUGCAGUGAAUGUGGUGAAUCCUUUGGUCGGAAUGUAGAUCUCAUUCAGCAUCAAAGAAUCCAUACCAAGGAGGAAUUCUUUGAAUGUAGCGAAUGUGGGAAAACUUUUAGUUUUAAGGCAAAUCUUCAUCGACAUGAGGUCAUUCAUACUGGAGAGAGACCCUACAGAUGUGACAAAUGUGGAAAAUCUUUCAGUUGGCGCACAAGCUUUAUUAAGCAUCAGGGUACUCACAGAGAGCAGAUACCUAUGUGAUAGUAACCAGAAAAGCUACCAUUUAAAGACCAGAACUUAACCACUCUUGCAAAUAUGUGUAACUCAAUUGUUUUAUGAAAAUUAAUAAACAGGAACUGAAAUGGU